ACUGUACUCUGCUGCCUGCAUUCACUCUCAUCACACCUUAGAAGAUUAAAGCUUCUUCACAAGACCUGCCAUGAUGGGCUUUAAGAUUGUUCUUAGUCUGGCUGUGCUGGCCACAGUGCUACUGCUCACUGAAUGCUCCUGGGGCACAGGAAAGGGAAACUCCUAUAACUAUGACCUUUCCAAAAUGUCUGACCUGACGAAACUGUACAACUCCAAAGUGUAUCAGGCUGACCGAAUGAGAAGACCCCUGGAAGGCAUGUCUUUCCAAGCAGGUUUACUCAGUCACUCUGGAGUGAGAGUGACACUGGAAGAUGGCACUAAGUGGCUGGUGCACAAAGGAGACGGCUAUGGCAUCUCAUCCCAGACAGUGGUGGUUGACGCUCGUCACAUGAGCUCCAGCUGGAAGAUCAUUGAGACCAAAAACUUUCGUGGGAGUAAGAGAGUAGCUGACUUUGUGAAGGCAGGAGGAACUGAUUACAGUCUCAUCUUCGAUAACUGCCAUGAUGCUUCAGGAAGGAUGAUGGAGGGAAGUUAAAUCCAGGGCUUCAAACUGAACUACAGGCUUUUGCUUUUCUGAUGUGUAGUUUUGCACUUUCUGUUUUAGCCCUGCUGAACAUGCUGUAUGCUUACUUUAAUGCUUCAGUACUUCAGACUGGAAGCCACUGAUCAAAAUGUCAUUUUUCCAAAGACAAUAAAACAUAUUAUGAAAGAAAUACUGGGAAAUUAA